AUGGAUAGAACGUUACCUGAAGAGUUAAAAAAUGUACUAGAUUCAAUAAUCCUAAUGGUUAAGUAUAUUAAAAAAAGUAAAUGCAGUACUGAUACCCUGAAUGACAUGUGUCAUGACAUAGAACCUACUCAUGAAACUAGGAUGCUUCACACCAAUAUUUGUUGGAUGUCCAUAGGUAAAAUGUUCACCAGAUUGUACGAACAAAGGGAAAAGUUGUUAAAUAUCUUCAGCCAAGAAGCACCUAGAUUUCCAAUUCAGAUAAAAAAUAGCGCAUGUGCCAGCGUACCAGGAAGUGAAGAAAAUAUCAUUACGUGGAACGACAAAUUGAACGAAUUUAUGAAAAAAAUUGCACUAUGGAAGAAACAAAUUGCACUCAACGACUUUACUAUGUUCCCUAUUAUAGCUGCUGUCAAUACAGAUGUCAUUUUUUGUUUGAUUAUGGAACAUCUUUCGGCUUUAGAGAAAGAAUUACCGCGAUACCUUCCUUCCUUCGAUCUGAAAGAAUAUAUUUGGGUUCAAGAUCCUUUUGCUAUUACUGCUAAUGACAUAAUACAUAUGAAAUUAAAAGCAGCAGAAGAACUGAUCGAACUUCGGAAUAUCGUACGACCACACUUCCCUGUAUUAGCAGAAAAUGCUAUAUCUACAUUACUCCAUUUCUCACCGACCUCCAUACUUGCACUAAAAAUUUCCACAUUGCUCAACAUUACAAAUAACGAAGAGGCACUACGUUGUUCUAUUGAAGAUAAAUUGCGUGUGUACUUGUCUACGAUUAAAUCCAGUAUUGAAUCGCUAGAAACUAAGCAACUAGUUUUUGCCUUCAAAUUGCUUAGACGUAAUAGAAGAUAUUUAAAUAUUAACCACUUUUGUGAUUCUAAUGACAUUGAUCAGACUAUUAAUUAUUAUUUCACUGAAACAUAA